AUGGAGAAUAUAUACUUUGUGAUGAGAAGAGCGAAAACAUCGAAAAUUAUCAACUUUGUGGUUCUUUUUUAUGCAUUGAUACAUGCUAGAUUGGCAUCGAGUGCUCAACAAUUUACAGCAAUGUAUGUUUUUGGAGAUUCACUUGUUGACAAUGGAAACAACAACUACUUGGACGCACAAGCCAAAGCUAACUUCUUACCUUAUGGCAUCGAUUUCUAUCUAGGUCCUACCGGAAGAUUCACCAACGGGAAAACCAUCAUCGACUUCCUCUCUGAAUUGCUAGGACUUCCCUAUUUACCAGCCUUUGCGAACCCUCUCCUUACUGAUAGAGACAUAAUGUAUGGUGUAAAUUACGCCUCAGCCGCUGGAGGAAUCCUCGAAGAAAGUGGACAAGGCUUGGGGGAGAGGUUUAGCUUCUCAAAACAGGUAGAAAGUUUCGGAAUCACCAAAAGACAAUUGCAGAAUCAUAUGAGUGAGACAGAGUUGCAACAAUAUCUUUCAAAUGCCAUAGCAGUGGUUAUACUAGGAAGCAAUGACUAUGUAAAUAAUUACCUCAAUCCAAGCUACCGAAGCCGCUCCAAAUUUAAGCCCGAACAGUAUGCUGAUAUUGUCAUUAACCAAUACACCAAGCAAAUUCAGGCAUUGCAUGAUCAAGGAUUAAGACGAUUCUUAUUGGCCGGAGUAGGGCCAAUUGGUUGUACCCCUUCUCAGAAAACAGCAGCUCGACUGCCUGCUGAUAAAUGUGUUACCUUCAGCAAUGAUGUGGUUCAAUUGUUCAACACAAAGCUAAGAACCCUGGUUGAUCAACUUAAUGUCACCCACCCUAAUGCAAUUUUUGCUUUUGGGGAUACUUUUCAGGCUUUGAUGGAUAUACUUACCCAUCCUUCCACUUUUGGGUUGGCAGAGUUGGGGAAAGCAUGCUGCGGAGUGGGCAGAAAUAAUGCAGAAAAAAUGUGUCUUCCUUUGUCAAUACCAUGUUUAAACAGGGAUCAAUAUGCUUUCUGGGAUGCAUUUCAUCCAACCCAAGUUGUUCACAGGCAAUUAGCUUUAGUGGCUUACAAUGGCCCUAGACCUUAUACUCACCCCUUUAAUCUCAAACAGAUGGCCCUACUUCAGGUCUGA